CAAAAGAUGUUUGGCAACAGAUGGACAGAGAUUGCAAAGGUUGUAUCAGGAAGAACAGAUAACGCUGUAAAGAACCGCUUCUCCACCCUCUGCAAGAAAAGGGCAAAAUUUGAGGCUUCAUCCAAGGAGAAUAGUGUUCCAUCUUUGGACCCAAGCAAUAAGAGGGUUCUUGUUGAAGAACCAUCUAUAGCAAUACUAAUAGGGGAACCAUCGACAUCAAAUAAGCAGAUGGGGUAUCACAUCUCUCCUCUCAAAGAGACAAUUGAAGCACAUAGGAGAUCUCUUGGGGAACAUGGUCCAGCUCAACAUCUGCAAAGGCCACCUCUAUUAGAAGUUCAAAACUUUGACACAGUUAAUCAGUCAUCAGCUUCCAAUAAGGUUAGUCAAGCAACUUUCCUUGGGAGAGAUGACCCAAAACUAACUUCCUUGUUGCAACAAGCUAAAUUGCUGACUACCCUUUCCAAGAAGGUUAAUGCAGAAAAUACCAACCAAAGUCUUGAUGAGGCUUGGAAGGAGCUUCAAGAGUACUUGAUUCAAACUGAAGACAGUGGGCUACUAAGAAAAAGAAUUGCUAAUUUUGUAAUCAGGUUGUUGAAGUACCAAAUGUCAGUUGGGAUGAUAUUGGUGGGCUGGAAAAUGUCAAGAGGGAACUGCAAGAGGCAUUUGAAGGAUGAUAGCCCUCUCAUUGCCGAGGACAACGGCGCCCCCAUUAACGACGUGGCGGAGUAUGAGAGGCCGAAGAAGGUUUUGAUUUUGAUGAGUGAUACUAGUGGUGGGCAUCGCGCGUCGGCGAAGGCCAUCAGGGCUGCCUUCAACCAGGAAUUCGGCGAUGAGUACCAGAGAGAAUUGAAAAUAUUCUACUUGUUGACCUUCUCUCUGAUUGUUUCACACAAACCUGAGAAUAAAUAG